GUCCGGAGUCUGAGCCCUGCGGAGCCCCAGUACCCGACCCCGCCCCUCCCGUACCUGCGCCUAUUUAUUGUUGUUGUUAUUAUUAUUAUUUUUUUACCUGGGGGGGGCCUCGCAGUCGGGUCCUCCCUGCAGCUCCCGCGCAGCGCGAGCCGCCUUCCGCCUUGCAGUCCCUUCCCGCGCUGUGCCCUACGGCCGAGGCGAUGCGCCUCAUUCAGAACAUGUGCACCAUCGCCGAGUACCCCGCGCCGGGCAGCGCCGCCGCCGCCGACUGCUGCUUGGGCGCCGCCGGCCGCCGCCUCGUCAAGAUCGCCGUGGUGGGCGCCAGCGGCGUGGGCAAGACCGCACUGGUGGUCCGGUUCCUCACCAAACGAUUCAUCGGUGACUAUGAGAGAAAUGCAGGUAAUCUCUAUACCAGACAAGUUCAAAUAGAGGGUGAAACCCUGGCUAUUCAGGUUCAAGACACUCCAGGUAUUCAGGUCCAUGAGAACAGCCUGAGCUGCAGCGAACAGCUGAAUAGGUGCAUUCGUUGGGCAGAUGCUGUGGUGAUCGUUUUCUCCAUCACUGACUACAAGAGCUAUGAACUCAUCAGCCAGCUCCACCAGCACGUGCAGCAGCUACACCUGGGUACCCGGCUACCUGUGGUGGUCGUGGCCAACAAAGCUGACCUGUUGCACAUCAAACAGGUUGACCCUCAACUUGGACUGCAGCUGGCCGGCAUGCUAGGCUGCUCAUUCUAUGAAGUGUCCGUCAGUGAAAAUUAUAAUGAUGUCUACAGCGCCUUCCAUGUCCUCUGCAAAGAGGUCAGUCACAAACAGCAGCCUAGCAGCACACCAGAGAAGCGAAGAACCUCCCUCAUUCCCAGGCCCAAGUCACCCAACAUGCAGGACCUGAAGAGGAGGUUUAAGCAAGCUCUCUCUGCCAAAGUGAGGACUGUCACCUCCGUCUGAAGCAGGAGAGCACUCAGGGGGGUUUGGUCUUCCCAGGAAGAGGCCCUGAGGUUCUCCCAGUGCAGCAACAUUGAAUAUUGGCGGUGAUUCCUGGUUCCAGAAAGGGCUGGAGCAGGGGACCAAGAGGGCCUAUAGAACUGCUACAGAAAAUGAAGUGUUGUUCUGAGCAGGGGGGCAGGAUUGAUGAGGCUUGAGGGAACCCACCAAGCCACUCUCUGAAUAUGUGAAAUGUAUCUGUGUCUUUUCCUUUGGAGUGGGGAGGAGGCAUAAUUACUUUGGUUUCUGCUUUCAACUACCUUGUAAAUGGUGGUCCGUUGCAGUUUCACCAAAUGUAUUAAUGUGAUUUACGGUGGAAAUGAAAGAAACAGAUGAAGCAUUGAUAGGGUUUCUCACCCCCCCCCGGCUUUUUUCCCCUUUUUUCUCUUUCUUUUCCUUUUUUCUCCCCCAAGAGCAAGAAUUACCUUUCUCUUACCAGUAUGAUUUGUAGCUCUGGAACACUAUUCUUACAGAAUGCCUUUCUAACCUGAAGGAUACCCAGAUUUCUUUCUUUAGUAACAAGAUGGAAAAUCUGCCCCUCAGAAAAGGGUCAAGUUUAUGGGCCAGAAUAUUCUGUGUACCAGACAUCAGUAAGCCGGCAUGGGUUGCAGGAGAGAUGGUUCCCUCUCACAGGAUGAGCAUGCUCACUUGGGUGUGUGUCGAGUGGCUGUGAACGUCAUACUCUUCAGGCUUUGUAUAGCGUUUUUUGUUUUUAACUGUUCCAUCAGGAAAAAAAUGUGUUCAUUGACUUUGGUGUGACUUGUGUAAAUGGUUCAUGGCAAUGACGUUGGGUUGCUUCCUGGGCCUGGCUGAGUCGUACCGAAGGGUGGCUGAAAUACAAAAACACUCUCUUACAGCAAGUGAACACAUGCAGCGGCUACCUGCCAGAUCCCCUCUACAGAUGCACUUUAAAAAGCCACUCAUGCUUUGGCUUAAACUGUAAUUAAUUUAUUUUAUGUACAAUAAAUCUCAUUUUCAAAAGA